CCAAAAUCUCUCUCUCACUAGAAUUACUUCAUUGAUUUGUGGAAUUGGAUCAGAAGAUACCCCAGGCCUCCAUUUUUACCGGCUUUCAGGUGGCCAAUUCUUGGACUCCGUACAUUAGGUCGAUCCAUCUGAUCGAAGAAUCUUCAAGGCUAACGUAAAAUCCAUAUUGAUCCAAAAGACACGUUUUCGCCUGGUUUGAAUAUAGAUACAGAGAGAACUGCAGAUCAUCAGUUGACCAAUCGAGUUUGAAGGUCGUUUCAUAGAUGGGUAGGCAAGGGGCAAUGGCCAUGGCAGCCAUGAAGCUAAGUUUUUUUUGAAGGAAUUUAGGUUUUUUUUAUGGGUAUAUCAGUGAGCUCUGGUGCGUCUGGUAACAGUGGGUAUGUCAGGUUGUGGGAUUUGAGAAGUGGAGGGGUGGUUUGGGAAUGGAUCAAGCCUCGUUCAGUGAGGGGUGGGAGGUUUGGGGAUUCGAUGGCUCGAGAAGAGAGAGAACGGGUACAGAAAGAGAGAGGGACGGGUAGAUAGAGGAGGUAGAGAGAGAAAGCAAAUGGCUCAAGGUUAAGCCUCUUCCUGGUGCUUACACUAUCAACCUGGGCGAAGCCAUGAACGUUUUCAGCAAUGGCUACUACGAGAGUCUUGAGCACAGGGUGGUGGUGACCACAAGCCAGCACAGGUAUUCGAUGGCCAUUGUUUUUGGACCAGCAAGCCAUGUAAUGGUGGAGCCUCUAAAGGAGCUGGUAAACGAGCUCAACCCACCCAAGUUUAAAGGUUUCAUGUGGGGCAAGUUUUACAGGUUCAGGAGGAGCAGUAAGUUCUUGAAGCUGGGUGGUGAAUAUUUAGGAGCUCGCCACUUCAAGAUCAAUCAAUAAGGGACAUCCCUCUCUCUCUAAAUUAAUCAAAAGGAGGCUUCUCUUUCUCUGCCUCUCUCAUGUUUGUUUCCCUUUAUUUGUUUGUUGAGACAGUGAUAUAUCAUGUGUCUCUUUGCUUGUGUGCGCCAUUGGGUGCGUGUUUCUAAUAAACUAGUGCAAUAAAUUGCUGUUGAGACUUUUUUUUUAAUUACAAGAGUAACAAAUAUUAUUACGAUUAAAAUAUAUUACAACGAAAACUUAAAAUAAAGAACGAGAUACAAUUAUAGAUACCAAAUAAA